AUGUCAGACAGUCGCACCACCUCCAGUCCCUCCUCGGACCCUCGCCUCCGCAAGGCCUGUGAUCGAUGUCAUUCGCAGAAGCUGGGCUGUCAGCGCUCUCCCGGCGCACGCAAGUGUGUGCGUUGUACGAAAGCUGAUAAGCCCUGCACGUGGAGCAUCUCGUUGCGGAACCGACGGAAUUCGACCAGACUCGAGAACAGCAGCAAUACUCAGGCGAAUCCCCUUGAACAGGGCCAUGGACAGGACGAAAAUAAGCACGAGGGUGAGCAGGAUGCCAUCGCUAUGGACUUCAUAUUCAUAUCAUCAUACAAACACAGCGACAUCAUCAGGAUCCUGGAGCCCCCGGCCGGGCCGUGGAAUCAGGACGACAUCUCGUUCUCUCCCAUGCUCAUGGGCAUCCUCGCCAAUGCCCACUCGUUUUCCCCCUACACCCACACCCCGAUCGAUGGUACCAUCAACCACAAUCCGGGCGACCUGGAGGGGGCUUUCCACUCCCUGUCCGAUGCAGAACUGCACCACAGCCUGUUCAGCAGUGGCGCCAAUUCCUCGGGCCUGAUCACACCCACAUUGACCAACCGCAGUACCUGGCUGGGCGCACCGGAUGAGAUCCCAACAGGAGCAGCGACCCCGAAGGCUCUCGAUCUCGCCGACCUGGGACAGUCCUCGCUGGAUGAAUUGCAACCGCCCACGGCCGCCCUGAAAGUACCCCCUGAAGCCAUACCGCCACGAGCUGAUGCCGGCGAUUCGCACCGACGCUGGCUGCUGAAGACCAUUGACAUCAACGUCCAGCUCUUCAACCACUCGCAAACCUCAACUGGCCCGUCUGGCCCUCUCCGGAAUCGAGAUCAACCCGCCGAUCGUCCUGGCCCAAGUAGCAGCAGCAGCAGCAGCAGCGCCCUCGAUGACGCCAUCGGUCUAUCAAUGCGACUGUUCGAUCUGCUCCGGGAGCUGAGCGACUUAUACGGCGAAGAGCCAGACGGCCCAAACACUCCCUAUGACGAGGAGAUGGCCAGAGAAGGAGGAGGCCCAACCCACCCUCUCGACCCGGGAUCGGUGCUCAUGAUCCUCUCGUCCUACAUGCGCGUCCUUGAGACCUUGUCCGAUUUGCUACAAGCAGUGAACCAGUCCACUGCAGACGACGGCGCCUCGGCCCAUCCGCGACUCGACCUCCCCGUGAUCACCGUGGGAGCCACGACGCUGAAUCCGCACCCGCGGCUCUGCCUGGCCGUCUUCCUCGAGACAGUGGAACACAUGCUGGGAAGCAUGAGCGAGCACCUGGGCUGUAUUGUGCGCGCGACGGGGAGGUCUUUGCGUGCUGGCGGUGGCGGGAUCGUCCCCUGGCGGCCGGGAGGGUCGCUGGAGAGUUCACUGCGAGACUUUCGGCUGAGGGAAGGCUGUAUUUUCAAGGUGAUUGCGGGCGUUCGAGUACGAAUGGGAGCCCGAAAGGGUGUCUAG